AUGGGCAAGCAGUCACACCGCUCUCUAUUUUAUCAAUCAGCUGUAUCCGGUUACGGUAAGGAUGAAACGAUCACACACUAUGUGAACAGUCUAAACUUCUACGUUCUGCCGUGUCUGAAUCCGGACGGCUACGAAUACACGAAGGUCAUCACCGAAUCCAAGUCCGUCUGUGGCGUAAGAAUCGCUCUCCAGAAAGAUGCAAUCGUUCACUAUGGGGUGGAGAGAAGUGCUGUCAAGGCGUGGACCUUGAAUCGCAACUUCAAAUUCCACUGGGCUGAAUCCGGCUCGUCGUACGAACCAUGUUCAAAUAUCUAUCACGGCGAUCACGUAUUCAGUGAGCCAGAAUCACGUGCCGUGCGCGAUUAUUUGAAUUCGGACGAGUUACGUGGAAAGGUUGACGGAUUCAUCACACUUCAUUCUUACGCACAGUUGUGGAUUUACCCAUACAGUCAUGCUCAACAGAACUAUCCAGAAGACAUCAGUGAACUGAGACGAACCGCUCGUCGAGCCAUCAAUCGCCUACACCGCCAGUAUGGCACUGAAUAUCGUAUGGGAACAGGAGCCGAUACAUUGUUAUCGAACGGAUUCAUCCUCCACAAAAAGGAAUUGAUUCCAACAGCUGUGGAAACGUUUGAAGGUGUCAAGGAAGUGAUUGAAGCGGUGCUGGAACACAACAAGAUCAUCAAGGAUCCACUGUCACGUAUCGCGCCUCAACUCAGGAAGAAGCAACUAUUCCUUCCAACAACAGCACUCACAACUACUGAAGCUACAACUACUACCACACUGGCUGAUUACAGAACAGAGCUAGCAGAAACGGCGAUACCGACAAGGGCACGACCUUGGCUGACGUACCGCCCACGAAGAACGUCGAUGUCGACAAAAUGGCGAAGUGUGCACUUUAACAAAUACACUACCUCGGUGAGUGAACGA